AUGGAACGGCAUGUAAUUAACAAGAGCAAGUUCAAAAUGGAGCCGACAGCAAGUUCGUAACAAAGGUGUGUUUUAUUGAAAAAUAACGUGGAACCAAAACCCCAUUUGCAGACUGAAAUGGAAUGAGUAAUUAAUCGCUACUCAAUCGUGUUCUUUCUAUUGACAACUACCACCCCAUAGAGGUCAGUCCCCUUACUCCUAGAAGGAUGGACGGAGCAGAAUCUGUCCGCUCAGGACGGAGUGACCGGUCCGAGAGAUCGCAUAGAAGUCAUGGCAGUCAUCAUAGUAGACACCAUCGUCACCGUCCUCAUGGGUCUUCAUCUCACUCUCAAGGUCACAGAGGUCGAAGUUCGGAUCGGGGGAGGGAUGAUAGGUCAGUUACAAUUCAGACACCGGGAAAUGGUUCAGAUGUUGAUAGUCGAGUUGCUGAAAGUGAAAAAAUUGAAGUUCAAAUUUUACCACAGGAUGACAAUUGGGGCGACAACACAACAGCUUAUACAGGCAAUACUAGUGAAACUGGUUUCUCGAUGGACGAUAUGCGGAAAUUCGCAAAAGAGAGCUUUGAUGAAGAUAACGGAGGAUUUGAUUGUUGCAGAUAUCUAAGCACAGGACUUGCGGCCAUACUCAGUUUGUUAGGGUUUGUCUCUCCUAUAGCUAUGGUAGUAUUACCAAGACUUAAAAUAGGUGGUUGGGAGACAACAACAUGUACUGUAGAGUGCGAAGGUCUGCUUAUCAGCAUGGCUUUUAAACUGCUCAUUCUACUGAUUGGGACAGUAGCAUUGUUUUUCCAUGCUCCAAGAGCCACCAUGCCACGUGUAUUUGUUUUCAGAGUAGUAGUUUUAUUUCUCGUGUUUGUACUAACGUUUGCAUUUUGGCUAUUCUAUGGAGUUAAAAUCAUGCAGGAAAAAGAGCCAUCGUACUACAGCAUUGUACAAUUCUCGGUCCAUCUUGUGGAUGCUUUAUUAUUCAUUCAUUACAUCGCAAUUAUAUUGUUGAUUAUACGCCAACUACAGCCUCAAUUUGUUAUUCACAUUGUGAGAUCGCCCGAUGGUGAGAGUCACACCUACACCAUCGGACAUUUGAGUAUUCAACGUGCGUCUGUGUGGAUUCUUGAACAAUAUUACAAGGAUUUUCAGGUCUUUAAUCCGUAUUUGGAAAAUGUGAUGAAAAAGCCUAUGAAAAUGUCUGGUUUGAAGUUUUAUGAAGUAGAUGGGGUUCAGCAACCCAACAACCAUGCAAGGUCAAGGGCAAUGUUUGCAGCAGCCGCUAGAAGACGUGAUGCUAGUCAUAAUGACAGAUUCUACGAGGAGCAAGAAUAUGAUCGACGUGUUAGAAAAAGGCGUGCUCGUUUGAUUACAGCUGCAGAGGAAGCUUUUACUCACAUUAAACGUAUGCAGGAUGAAAAUGGUCCAGCUAUUGCAAUGGACCCUCAGGAAGCAGCUCAGGCGGUGUUUCCCUCCAUGGCGCGCCCACUACAGAAAUACCUACGUGUGACACGUCAGCAGCCACGGUACACGAUGGAGUCCGUACUUCAGCACCUUGCUAAUUGUAUAAGUCACGAUCUCAAUCCCAAAGCGUUUAUUGAGCGCUACCUCACACAGGGUGUCGUUAUCAUGAAUAGUAAAGAUUACAGGGAAACCCAAAAGUGGGUUCUAAUUUGUGAUCAAUUGCUUACGCGGGAGAUUGAACACGGACUGAUAUUUCAGCUACGACAAAAUGACGUAUCUUUAUUGUGUUCUGUUAGGAAGUUGCCUCAUUUUAACAUCACAGAAGAAGUUAUAGAUCCAAAGUCGAACAAGUUUGUUUUAAGGCUGAAUUCAGAAACUUCUGUGUAGCCAAUGUUGUGUGUACUUAAAACUAUUAUAUUGUGAUGCCAUUUUGUACAGUGAUAGGGAAUCAGAACCGCAGAAGGGAGGAAAUACUAUACAGCUGGCCAUUGGAGAUUUUUUACAGUUUAUAAAUACCAUUUGUUGUGAAGAAAAUUAUCUUUAUUAACUAAGAAAAGGGCAGAAAGAUGUUGAAAAAUAAAGUCUGCUUGGGCAAAACAAGAGGUUCAAGCCCUGGAUUAAUCCAGGUUUGCCGAAGAGCGAUGCGGCUAAUGGAAAUGACUGCUUGACCUGGGUAUUUUUGUCAUGUAAGACAUUUCAAAAAGCAAACAUGUUUUGUUAUAGUCAUUUAAAUAACAACAGAUACCUUUAAUUUUUUAGUAGAAAUUAUUUUCUCUCUCUUUACAAACAAACAGAAUGAAUACAACAUAACAUGGCUGCUUAUUGUACAUUUAUUUCACCAGGUUGCAGUUUUUUAAGAAAUCGACCAGUGGUUUAUUGAAAGUAGUGAUCAAUGAAUUGUAUCUUACAAUUAAGUUAAUGUGUAAAUGGAAAUAGUGCAUAAUUGCAUAUAUGAUAUUGUGUAUGUGUUGUGAAACUUAUAUGUCAGAUAUUGCUUGUUUUUAUAUCAUGUUAUAUUUUUUUGUCACAUUGGUGCUUUAGUAGAUUAAUACCAGUACAUUUUAUCCCCUUUUCCAUACUGUAUAACAGCAAAAUUUAAUGUCUGACCAGUAAUUUUACAUUAUUAGCUUUUACUUUAGUAGGUCUUAAGAAAAGUCGUUUUGGGUUGUUAAUAACUAAAAUUUUGGGUUCUAGACAUUGUUUUCAGUUGCAGCUUCUUGUUUGGUCAGUAUGGUAGGUUAAAGAAUUCAUAAUUUGUUUUCAAAAGAUGUGUCUUUAGUUCCCGUCCUCUCUCAAAUAAAAGUUUUUUUUAUAGAGGUCUGGAAAUGUAAGGAUUUACAAGUAUACAUUCUGCAUAUCAAAAGAAAGAACUUUUAUUGUGUAGCUUCAUUAUUUUGUAUGUCUAAACCUAAGUUGAUCUCCAAUUACAGCUGAAACCUGUCCAAAUUUACUUUCUUAUAUUUCUUACCUUGGUUGUGUAAUAAUUUUGAAUUAAUUUCACUAAUUAUAUUAUGUAGAUAUGGUAUCCUUAUGUCAUUUUUUAUUUUCAUGAUUUACGGUUCACAACCUUGUAUAGAUGACGUGUUAAGAAUCAGUAACUUCUAUCUGAUUGUACUAUUAGCCAUAAUGUUGGUUGAAAUUCAUACCUGUUUUAAAUUUGCUAAGUACAGUAACACUGUUACAAAUAUUAGUGCAAAUUGUUGUGAAUGUUACCAUAUCUACAGUAUUAGGUAGUAUUACCGGCUGCUACAACACUUGUGCCAUUUUUAUGAAUUUUAUAUAUAUAUAUAAAAACUUAUAUUAAUGUACUUUUUUUAAAAUAAAUAUUCAGGUGUUGUGACAUUUUUCAGAAAAAAAGGCAAAAGAAUCACAAAUUUUACAUUAACAUAAAUUAUGACUUUGUACCUGGUUGGUUUUGUGCAAAAAUUGUUCUUGUAAAUGAGUUCAAAACAUAAUUUUAUUCAGAUGUUUGUAAUAGGUACUAUGAAUCUAUAAAUUAAUUGUGAAAUGAAUAUUUAUGAAGCUGCUUUAACUGCAUUUAUUAGUUACAGUCAUUUAGUUACUCUAUAAGUGAAUUUGUUUGCAAAUUGCAAAUAUUUCACACAAAAAACAGUAAGUGAACAUUUUUAAUGGUGAUAUGAUUUUGAAUAUUUUCGAAAAUGGAAAAAAAUUAAGUUAUUAUAAAUCAUCACUUGAGAUGGCAUUUGUCAUUUAAUUACUUCUCAUGUGUAAUAUAUUAUUAUUACUAAUUGAUCAAAUAAUUUCAUCUAUUUUGUUUAAUAAAAAGUGUAAGAAACUUACUAAUGUAUGAGAAUAUUUCACAGUUGUGUUUUGUGAAAUUAUUUCCCAAGCGCAAAGAUGCCAAACAUUUCCAAAUUGCAGAAUUAACCACUUAUACAGCUAAAAUCUUUCUUGGCAGUUAAUGUUAUACACCUUUUCCAGUGAAUAAAAGUUUGAUUACUAUAAAAUGCAUGUUGAUAGCACUGCAAGAAAUCUGUGACAGCUCUAGUUUUUAUUGUCAUCUGAAAAUUGACUUUAUUAGUGAAAAUAGACAGUAUAUUACAAAGAAACGAUCUGAAUAUAUCAGUACCAUAAUCGAUACAACACUAUCACAAAUGUUUUAAAGUGGAUCUUAUAGUUUAAUUUCAUACAUGCAGCUUAGAAAUAUAAUCAGUUGUGUUUGCAUCAGUGCAUGUUAAUCUUGAUCCAGCCAGUGUGUUUCAUGUUUAUGUACAGUGAGUAUAACCUCUGUUACUUGAACAGUUAGUGAAGAGCAAACACCUCUCUACAAUGACACAUAUUUAAUUUUAGAUAAGAUUCUUAAUAAAUUAAUUUCUUCAGAACGACAGGCUCUGUUCUACAAUCACACUAAUAUUCCUAGCAUUGUUUGGUCUGUACAUGUGCGCGAUUGUUCAAAUGUUCAAAUAAAUGUUUACACUUUAAUAUCACAGUCAUAAUUCAUCACCAUUGUAAAUGAUGAAUGCACCUCUGAUAGUAUUGGAUAAGGCUGUAUUGAAUUAAUUGCUGUUUUUUCAUCCACUUUUACCAGUUAAAUGUUUAUCUGGCUUUUUACUUGUUUGAAGUAAGGCUGUUGUGAGGUAUGGUAAUAUAGUAGUAAAUUCUCAGUUCUGAUUCCUCAAAUUUUUCCUGAGUCAUUUAUUUUCUAUCCAGUUAUAUAGGUGGGUGAAUAUAAUCAUCUGUUAAUUCAUUACACCAAGUUUAAUACAGUUGAAAUCAAAGCUUCAAGCAGAAGCGUUAGAAAUAGUUCCAUUCUUAAAUGUUUAUGUAAUAACUUACAGACUUUUAAGCCAGGAUUUUCUCAAAAUUUUGUUUCUGUUUAACUGCUGUUUGGUUUAAGGUGUUUUUUCUCAUCAUAAAAAUAUAUUUCACUGAUAUUUAAACAUAAGAAAUUAUUCUUGAAACCAGUCCAGUAAAAAAAAAAAAAAGGAAAGAAAAUUGGCAAAAAUGUAAACCAGUCUGCCAAGUCCAUUAUAGUGGUUCAGUCUGCAAAAUUUUGAGAAAACCAUGGGAUAGUUUUAUUUUAAAGUCUCAGUAUUCAGUUGUGACCAAAUAAUUUUGUAUGCAAAAUAUACAUUUUUACUUCUUGUAAAGUUCAGUUGCAAUGAGGUUUUGUAGAUCUUUUUUUUCUUUUGUAAAUUAUUUUUGUCAUUAAAAUUUGGUAGAA